GGGUUCCUUUACCGCCCCCGGACACAAAUAUCUGCGUGGACAUGUAGGACUCGCCCCGCACCGACGGAGGAGACGAAUAAAACCGGCAAGGCCGCACCGAUCAGCGACACAGAGAGCGGGGUGGAAGAAAAGCGGGCGAGCGGCUUUCUUAUCCGGUUCUUCGCCGGCCGUGCGCGCUCUGCAGAGUGCGGAGUACUGGACAGCGAGUGCAAGGACCACCUGUUUGUUCACUUGUUCGAGCGUGCUAGCGUCAUGGGCAGCGAGUGCAAGGAGCACCUGCAGCUCCACGCCGGCUUCGGCGGCGGCGGGGGAGGCGCGCAGCAGAAUCAGCAGCAGAAGCAGGAGGCGGCCGCCGUCGCGCCGUUCGUCGCCAAGACGUUCCACAUGGUGAGCGACCCGGCCACGGACGCCGUCGUGCGCUGGGGCGGCGCCAGCAACACCUUCCUUGUCCUCGACCCCGCCGCCUUCUCCGACUACCUGCUGCCAUCCUACUUCAAGCACCGCAACUUCGCCAGCUUCGUCCGACAGCUCAACACCUACGGGUUCAGGAAGGUGGACACGGACCGGUGGGAGUUCGCGCACGAGUCGUUCCUGCGCGGGCAGGCGCACCUGCUGCCGCUGAUCGUGCGCAAGAAGAAGAAGGCCGGCUGCGGCGGCCGGGAGCUGGGCGAGGAGGGGGAGGAGGUGCGCGGCACCAUCCGCGCCGUGCAGCGCCUGCGGGAGGAGCAGCGGGGCAUGGAGGAGGAGCUGCGGGCCAUGGACAGCCGCCUGCGCGCCGCCGAGAGCCGCCCGGGCCAGAUGAUGGCGUUCCUCGGCAAGCUGGCCGACGACCCGGGCGUCGUGCUGCGCGCCAUGCUCGCCAAGAAGGAGGAGCUGGUGGCCGCCGGCAAGGGCGCGCCGCCGCCGCUGCCGGCCGUGGAGGCGCCGGGCAAGCGGCGCCGGGUGGGGGCCGGGACCGGGGCCGAGGCGGCCGACGCGGGCGAGGCCGCGGCGGAGCUGGCGGCGCAGGGCAGGGGCGCCGUGCCGUUCCCGUUCUCUGUCCUCGGCCAAGUGUUCUACUAGGGUGGAACUCCACCUGUAGUAGUGUACAUAUGACUCGUAGCAUAACUUUGCCUCCGUUUUAUCGGCUAUUUAGUACUCUAGUGGUUUGUAAACCGUGAACGGGUUUGUUAUGCAGAGCUGAGAAAGAAAAGUUAGUGUGGUGAUUAUGGAGUAAACAGAGCCCGGUUAGUAGUUGAAUUCAGUGUUAGAUGUGUGUAGUAAGUGGCUGGUGUAUGUUUGUUUGUGCGUUGUAAAACCUGGUAACGGGAGAGCAGGUGUUCUUUCUUCCUGUUCUAAGAGUGGAAAAGGAGCCUGUCAGGCUGUUACGUUGAAGGCUCAAG